AUGUCAAAUCGCCAUGGUGCCUCUCUUACUCCUCUCUCCGAAUCUUCCCUCGGAAGCUCAGAGACUCUUGGGGAGAAGGACAUCGCCCACGUCGAAGCAGCAGUGGUCAGAGGCGUUGACAGCAACUCGGACGCAGGCGACUCUUCUCAGGAUGAAGGCGAAACCAUCGUCCACUGGGAUAGUCCCAGUGAUCCCCAAAAUCCCAUGAACUGGGCUGAUGUCCGCAAAUGGUUGACUAUUGGCCUCAUCUCCGUCAGCAGCUUCAACGUCUCAAUGGUGUCAACAAUCUUCGCCCCCGGUGUUCCCCAGGUCUUGAAAGAGUUUGGUACCGACAACUCUGCUCUCUCGUCUCUUGUCGUCUCUAUUUAUGUGAUGGGAUCUGCUAUCGGCCCUCUUAUCCUCACUCCCUUGACUGAGAUGAGUGGACGGUUGCCCAUGACCCACGUGGCCAAUGUCCUCUUCUUGGUUGCUUCUAUUGUCUGCGCGACCAGCGUGAAUAUGCCCAUGUUGAUUGUCGCUCGGUUUUUCAUGGGUGUGGCUAGCUCUGUCCCUGUUACAGUGGGAGGAGGUUUCGUCGCAGAUCUCAUGCCCAUGGAACGACGUGGUGUCGCAAUGACCAUCUGGACUGUUGGUCCUCUUCUUGGUUUCGUCAUCGGUCCUAUCUUUGGUGGAUACAUGGUCGAGACCAUCGGAUGGCGAUGGACAAUUUGGCUUGAAGUCAUCGUGGGUGGCAUCGUUGUAGUCGCAUCUUUUGUCUUCCUCCGCGAGACAUAUGCUCCUAUCAUCCUUCAGAACAAGGCGAAGAAGCUCCAAAAGGCAACCGGUCGCCCACACACGACCAAGUUCGAGUCGAACCAGACACCCGGUCAAUUGAUGCUGAUUUCCAUGACUCGACCGAUCAAAUUCCUUUUCAAGUCGCCUGUUGUCCUCAUCGUCUCUCUUUACAGCGCCAUCACCUACAGCUACAUGUACGUGCUGUUCACCACCUUCACAAGCGUCUUCGAAAAGGUGUACCACUUCAACCCCGGUCAGGCAGGCCUGGGAUACCUAGGUCUUGGUCUUGGUUUUUGCGUCGGACAAAUCACGGUUGGAUUCUUCUCGGAUCGCUAUGUCAAGUACCAGGAACGCAUUCACGGAAAGAUGAAGCCUGAGGACCGUCUUCCCCCUCUGGUUCUGGGAUGCUUCUUGGUCCCCGUUGGACUGUUCUGGUACGGAUGGUCUGCAGAGUACCGAUUGCACUGGGUCAUCCCCAUCGCAGGAACCUUCUUCAUCGGGCUGGGCAUCUACUACGUCCACCUCGUCACUCAGGUGUAUCUGGUUGACUCUUACACUCUCUACGCGGCCAGUGCUGUCUCCGCCGAACUGGCCAUCCGCUGCGUCUUUGGAGCCACUGUCCCCUUGGCUGGACCUGACUUGUACGCCAAACUCGGCCUCGGCUGGGGCAACAGUGUUCUUGGUUUUAUCGCACUUGCAUUCGCGCCAUUGACUUUCUUCUUGGUCAAGUACGGAGAGCGAAUGAGGACCAACCCCAAGUUUCAGCCUAAGAUGACAUAA